AUGGAUUUAUUGACUUGCGUUGAACUGAAGGCAACAUGUAAAUUAUAUGAGAAAACAUAUAUCCCUAAACCGAUUUGUGAGGACAACGGCCGACUAAGACCUCAACUGACUGAUGCUUCAAAUACUUCACAAUUCGUAGACCCACAAUCGUUUGCAGGACAAAAACCCAUUCGUCAAGCUGGCGAAGAGUGUGGAUCUUUUGUUAAGUUGUGUUUGUGCGUGAGUAGUCAUAUGAGAGAAAAGAGGACGGAAAUAGCAUGCACAGGUUCUAUCUGGAAACUUAUUUCGGAAACGUCGAGGGUGAGUUCUAUACAGAACGAUACACGGGAAAAUCAAUCUCGCGCGGUAAUUCCAAUACGAACCAAGUAUCCGCCAAAACUAUCCUUCCUGAACAAGAACCUUAAGACGAACAAUCAAUUUACAUGGAAUUUGAUGGAGUAUUGGACAUGGAAGACGGCCCUCCGGCCAAGAAAGCCUAGCAAUGAAGAGAUGCAACAGGCGACGAUGCCUUCAUAUCCAAACGCGAGCUUGGCAGUUGUAUGCGUACAGAAUUAA